AAAUUAUAACUAUGUUCUAAGAGUAGAUUCUUUUUGUUUCUCAUAUAGAUUAUACUAUGCACCUAUGUUCUAAUUACUUAUGUUUUAAUUUCUUUUUCUUUUUCAGCUCAUACGUUGUACAGAAAAAUACUUCAAAUCAAAUGAAAGGCAAGAUGAUAGAAUGAAGGCUUUGUUUGAUAGAAUGCAACAAGAAAUGACAACGACCGAAGUAACAAGCUUCAAAAGCAUUCAAUUGGUUUUCUUCCCGGUCGUUUUACUAGAUCACUACUAUUUGCUGUGUGUCAACUUUGUGGAAGGAACAUUUGAUUUGAUUGACAACAGAUUUCUUCCACCAAAUAUUCCUUUUCACAAUAAAUAUGGAAAUUACCAUAGAUUAAUGUUGAAUGCAUUUGCUGAUUUCGUUCACUCAAUUGACUCAAAUAUAAAGAGUGACUUUGUAUCCUCCUUCAAAACAAGAAACUUGAGUAUGUCAUGGAAGAGCAAUAAGAACAAACAUGAUUGUGGAGUGUUCCUGUUGAAGCACAUGGAAACAUAUGAAGGAGAAUCUGUAAAACAAUGGAAUUCGGGACUAGAAUUAGACAAUUUUGACCAAAUGAAAAAAUUAAGAGUGGAGUAUUGUGGGAAGAUAAUAACAGCAGAAGUAAAUGAAGAACGGAACAAAGUGAUUAGGAGAUCAAAAAAGUGGUCAAAGGAGAACAAAAUGGAUAUAUGAUUGUUAAGAUCUUAAGUU